AUGGCAAGUAUCAUUCCUGUCAACCUCACACCCCUUACUCAUACCAUGACUACAGGCCCCAUUGUCCGUAUAGCACCAAACUGGUACAGCAUCUCUGACCCUUCGGCUACAAGGUUAAUCUAUGGUCAAGGCUCUAAAUAUCUAAAGUCGGAAUGGUACGAUGCCUGGAACUUUGACAGCGACCUAAGUUUGACAAAUCUGUUCUCGGAGAGAUCCUCAAAAAAGCAUUCAGAGGAUCGCAAAAAGGUCGCCUCGUUAUAUUCAAUGACCUCAAUAUUGGCAUAUGAGCCAUUCGUGGACAAUUGCAUCGACAUUUUUAAGCAGCGACUGGACGAGUUUGCAACAAGGGGCCAGCUCAUUGAUAUGAGUCAUUGGCUACAGUGUUACGCUUUCGAUGUGAUCGGACAGAUUACUUUCGGCGAUCGGUUCGGGUUCCUCGAUGCAGGCAAAGACGUAGGAAAUAUGAUUGAGUUCCUCGAUGGCUCCUUCACUAUUUGCUCCUAUCUCGGCUUGUACGCCUGGCUGUAUCCAAUGUUCAUGAAGGUUGGCAAAUAUCUAGACAUAGAUCAAAGCUUUUUGACUAUAUUCAGCUCCAGACACAUCCAGAAUGCAAAGAUUACAAUGAAGAACCAUCACGCCGAUCUUCCAACAUAUAUGGCUAUGAAGGUCGUUGUCGCCCAAGCGCAGGAUCCGGAGAAGCUUUCCGACCACGAUAUCCUAGCCACCGCUGCCUCUAAUAUUGGAGCGGGAAGUGAUACAACUGGUAUCAGCUUAAGCUCGAUUCUGUACCACUUGCUUCAUGCACCUGCAUGUAUGCAGAGACUGUGUGAGGAGAUCAAUUCGUCUGGAAUAAAUGGCAACCCGACAUUCAAAGAGACACAGGCAAUGCCAUAUCUUCAGGCUGUUAUCAAAGAGUCGUUGCGCGUUCAUCCAGCCACAGGAUUUCCAAUGUUCCGUGUUGUUCCCCAGGGCGGGGAGGUACUUGCUGGUCAGUUCUUCCCAGAAGGGACAAAUGUUGGGGUGAACAGUUGGGUCUCACACUACGACAAAAAUAUCUAUGGGCUUGAUGCAGCUACCUUCAGACCUGAACGAUGGCUCGAAGUGGAUGAACAGCAGUCCAAACUGAUGGAGCAAAACUUCAUGCCGUUUGGUAUGGGAUCAAGAACAUGCAUUGGGAAGAACAUCUCAUUGUUGGAGAUGAGUAAAUUGAUUCCAGUGUUGGUACGAGACUUUGCUUUCGAGUUGAGCCGGGACAACAGGGUUGAUGGGUGGAGGACAAGGGCCAGAUGGACCCAGGACCUUGUCUAUCUUCUGAUUGCAUGA